UUUGGCACAGUCAUGCAGGCCUGGAUGGUCCAAUCCAUGUUGAAAGCUAUAGAUGAACAGCUGCAGGGAGUUGUUGCAGACGAAGGAUAUGAAGGAGGGGGCAACAAUGGAGGCAACUAUGGAGACGACAAUGGCGACGACAACAAUGGCGACAAUGGAGACGACAAUGGAGACGAAAAUGGAGACGACAAUGGCGACGACAAUGGAGACGACAAUGGAGACGACAAUGGAGACGACAAUGGCGACGACAAUGGAGACGACAAUGGAGACGACAAUGGAGACGACAAUGGAGACGACAAUGGCGACGACAAUGGCGACGACAAUGGCGACGACAAUGGAGACAACAAUGGCGACGACAAUGGCGACGACAAUGGCGACGACAAUGGAGACGACAAUGGAGACGACAAUGGAGACGACAAUGGCGACGACAAUGGCGACGACAAUGGAGACGACAAAGGCGACCACAAUGGAGUCGACAAUUUCGACGACAAUGGAAACGACAAUGAAGACGACAAUGACGACAAUGGCGACGAAAAUGGAGACCACAAUGGAGACGACAAUGGAGACGACAAUGGAGACGUCAAUGGCGAAGACAAUGGAGGUGACGAGAUGAGCAAGAGGAUUGAAAUCUUGGAGAAAUUGACUGAGAAAAAGUUUGCUCAACGCCUUCUCGAUCAGUUAAAGUCCAAACGAAGCUCUGAAUAA